UAUAGAAGAUGGCGACCAAAACAGAUGGACUUCUAGUUGCAUUUUUGUUUAUUUAUUUUAUACGUAAAUGCCAUCCCGCUGACGGGUUCCUCGACAUAGAGGAGCUCAAAAGUGUGCAUUAUGGGUUGGAUAUUAUCAGUGAACCAGUUGUUUCGACGCAAACGGACACGGCUAGCUCCAGUAACAACAUACAGGUCACCUCAAAAUAUGGGCAACACUACCGAUGUAGUUUUCCUAACAGAAUGGAAGCAGACAAGAAGAAAGAAGAAGAGGAAAAAGUUGCAAUGGAAACAGGGAUUCCUGAAUUGUUAAAACCUUUAGAAACAGGACCAUGUUUAUUCAAAAACAAAGAUUGGUGGAGUUAUGAAUUUUGUUAUGGGAAAUAUAUCCGACAGUUUCAUAUUGAAGAUGGUAAGAUAGUUGGUGAAGUAACAUUCCUAGGAUAUUAUGAAUCUGAAUUUGAUUGGAACAACCAAACAGACCAGGACAAAAGAGUGAAAAACUAUAAUAGAUUAAAUAGGUACCACAGUCAGCAAUACAUAAACGGCACACGUUGUGAUCUGACUGGUCGUCCAAGGAAAACGGAGGUUAGGUUUGUCUGUGAGGAGGGAGCUGGUGAUACCAUUUCCCGUAUUGAUGAGCCUGAGACAUGUGUCUACAUACUCAAAGUCCACACCACCAAGAUCUGCCACCACCCUUACCUGAAACCUCCGACCAAAAAUACUCCUGUUCCUAUCACCUGUCAACCUCUUCUCUCAGAAAUACAGUUCACAGAGUACAAACAGCAACAGCUUGAACAACAAAGACUUAAAGAAGAGAGUGAAAGAAAGCUGAAAGAAAAGCAAGAACAAGAAAAACAAGCAAGAUUGAAAAGGCAGAAACUUCAGCAGGAACAACAAGCAAAAUUAAAGGAACAAUCAGAUAAAUCAUCCAUACAAAAAAUGUUAAAAUCACCUGAUAUCUCCUGGAAAGAUGAAGAUUCUCAAAGGCAUGUGUCAACAGUAACAGAUCCAGAGGCUGAGCCAGAAGAUACAAAGUUGGGGUCAAAAGAUACACAGACAGGGUCAGAUUCUGAUGAUGAGAAUCUAGAAGAAUUGAUGGGAUCAUCACUUGGUAACAACAAACAGCUUGAGAAACUUCUCAGAAAUUCUUUAAAUGAAGCCAUGAAAGAACACACAGAGGAAGAGGGGGAUGCCAGUCUGAAGAUGAAGCCUCAUAGUGUGAAGGUUGUACAUACCAUGGACGAACUAAAGGAGGCAGUGCAGAAAGCUCAGGGGGAUGCUGAGGCCUACCUGCAAUCUCACAAGGAAGAGGAGGAGGAAGGAGAGAUAGGCACGAGUACUGGAGCAGAAUUAGAGGAUGAUUCUCUUCAAGACAAAAUGUUUAAGCUGAAGAAACUGGGUGGUGUGCCACAUGAGGAAUUUGAUGAAGAUUUUGAUGAAACGGAAUUGGACAUGAUAAAAGAAUUUAACAAAGAUUUAGAAGAAAUGGAUACAUUGAAGCUAUCACAGUAUAAAGAAUUCUUUAGAAAAAAUAAAAAACGAUUUCUGUCUGUGAAGAAGAGAAUCCAAGAAAGCAUGAUGCAAGAAUUUGAUAAUAUCAUCAGUGAGGCAGGGGAAGAGCUUGGGAUGACAGAUGAGGAACUUAAUACAGAUGUAGAUAGAUCAGAAACAUUUUCACAUAUGUCAAAAAUUCACAAUAAAUUACUGGAUAAAUUGGAUAAAACGGAAAAAGAUAUAAGGAAAGUAGAUAAAGAAAUAAGCAUGUUGAAAGAAAAAUCUUAUAAUUCUGACGAAGAUGUAGAUGAAACGGAGGAUGAGAGUGAUGAUGAAGAUGAAAAUUUAGUGUCUGGAGAUUUAAAAAAUAAAGUAAAAGGACCUGUAAAAUCUCAAGAUGAUAGAGUCAAAAUAAGAGUGACAAAAGUAUCGAAGUCAGAUUAUGGAUCACUACAAGCCAAACAAACAGCUGAAACAGAGAAACUAGAGAAGGAAGUGAAAGAGGGACUUAAAGAGGCAGGUCUGGACCUUGGAGGUGGGAAGAUCCAGGUGAAAAUAAUAACAGCUGGCUACCAGGGUGAUGAGGAUAGUGUACAUGUACUCUCUGAUGAAGAGUCCAAAAGUUUUAAAAACAUGAUUGUCUCCAUUCUGGAAGGGGACAGUGAGGCUGCUAGAGAGGAGCAGCAACACAACGCAAUGGAGCAAAACUAUAAUUUUGUUUGGGAAAAGAAUAAGAAAAAAGAAGACACUCUUCCACCUUAAUUGUUAUUCUGGUUAGGGUGAUUUCUUUCACAUAAACAUUGAGGUUCAUUCUUUCAAAUGUCAAAACUUCACAGCAACUUAAGAAAACAGAUAUUGAUAUGAUGAUAAACAGUUUUUCGUAAUAUACAAAAUUCAGUAGGUGUAAUUUCCGGAUUGUGAUAUUUUAGUAAGAUGGUAAUUUAAAGUGGGCUUUCCAUGACCUUACUCUCUGUGGACACCAUCUUCAAAUGAUCUUAUAGCUGUUGUUAGGAUGUGAAACCAUAAAAGAAAAUACUACAUACCUCUCAAAACAUUUCUUCCAUUAAGAUAAGACAAUAAUAUUAUAAAACAAUUUAUAUGUCGUGACCUCACCAGAAAAAAACAUAAUUUUGGGUUACAAUACAAUAACAGGAGCAUGUUGCUAACUGAAGAGCUGCUUAUUGUUUUGGGGGAUUCAAAUCAAAGAUUCUUUUUCCUUUGGGGAAUUUUGAUAAAAACGCAAAUGAUAAAAUGACAUUUUUGUAAUGUUUGUAGAUGAUGAAAAAUGUUUGAAAUUUUAGUGAACAAAAUUGAUCAAUAUAUUAAUCUGGGUAAUACAUCUAUAUGUAAAUAGUUUAAUAGGAAAAUAAAUAGCACCGUUACAUUUGAUCACAAGAACACAGAUUUUUUUUCAGGAUUUUAUGAUGAAUGUAAAGCUGUAUUAAGUAAAGAUUUUAAAUUGUUUUUACUUAAACAUGUCAUUAAACUAAAUCAAUAAUUUAGUGGAGAUUGUAGUGGUCAUCAGUGGAGAUUGUAGUGGUCUUCAGUGGAGAUUGUAGUUUUCUUCAGUCUGUAAUGGUCUUCAGUGGAUACUGAAGUGGUCUUCAGUGGAGUUUGUAGUUUUCUUCAGUCUGUAAUGGUCUUCAUUGGAUAUUGCAGUGGUCUUCAGUGGAGUUUGUAGUUUUCUUCAGUCUGUAAUGGUCUUCAGUGGAGACAGU